AUGCUGAAACCUAUCUUAUUCGCAGUGUUAACGCUGCUAAUAACAUAUCUAUACAGAAGGCUACAUUACAAGCGGUUCCAGCAACAUGGAAGGUUACCUCAGAUGCCACCAAGUUUACUUUUUGGUCACCUCAAGACGCUCGAUGGUCUUAUCAAGCGCGGAGAGGCAGAUCGUCACCCUGACAUCAUGUUUACGGAGAUGCAUGAAGCUCUCGGCCGACCGUCGCUGAUGUUCGUCGACCUACGGCCCGUUAACCGUCCACUGGUUCUUAUUAGUAGCCAUGAAAUCGCUGAACAGGUUUCAAAACCAUCUAAACUUUUCCCGGCCAGUCUUCCCAAGACAGACUUAAGCUAUUUGCUACAUCUAACAGGACCGACAUCAAUCUUACUCUCACACGGAGAACCUUGGAAAGCCCUUAGGAAGAGGUACAAUCCGGCGUUCGCGCCCCAGCAUCUCAUGAGUCUUUUGCCGUGUGUUCUCGAAAAGACGUCAAGUUUUAUCCGAAAUCUUGAUGCCCUGGCGUGUUCGGGGGAAGAAUUCUCCCUCGUGACUCUCGCUAUUAAUUUGACUUUUGAUAUCAUCGGUGCUGUGGUUAUGGAUGUUGACCUGGAUGCCCAGCCUUUAGACGUGUCGCGCCAGGGUGAAUUAGUUAGGCUUUAUGUCGAACUGUUCCGAGAAUAUUGGGAUGAUAAGGCCGACAUGCCUUGGUGGCUCAUUCCUAAGAUCGAAAUGAAACGCCGUCGUCUUGGUAAGCGCAUCGACCAGAUAUUAAAGGAUAUAAUUCACCGUAAGCACGCCGAGCAUCAAGCAAAGGGACACGGGGACAAUCAAUCACGAAGUAUCUUGUCCCUGAGUCUACGAGAUACCAAGACGCUCUCACCAGAGCUCGUUAAUGAGACGUGCGACCAGAUUAAAACAUUCCUGCUAGCAGGCCAUGAUACUACUAGCAUUACACUUUCAUGGGUCUGCUAUUGGCUUUCACGAACCCCCCGCGCCUUAGCAGCCGUACGCAGCGAACUGGACAACCUUCUAGGUCAUAAAUCCGAUAUGGAAUCUGUAUAUGCCCGGCUGCUGUCGCCUGAAGGACCAGAUCUUGUACACCGUAUGACCUAUAUCUCAGCCGUGCUCAAAGAGACCUUGAGAUUACACCCACCAGCCGCUACGGCACGCUACUCUAAACCUGGCACUGGAUUCACAGUACACACCCCAGAAGGCGGAGAUCACUGCUUAGAUGGAAUGAUCAUUUACAACUGCGAGGGUCUCAUACAGCGCGAUCCGGCGAUUUACGGAGACUUGGCCGAGUAUUUCGUACCUGAGCGGUGGCUUGGUGACGUCGACAUCCCCGCCAGUGCAUGGAGACCAUUUGAGCGGGGGCCUCGUAAUUGUAUCGGUCAAGAGUUCGCUAUGAUUGAAAUUCGAGUCAUUGUUGCGGCCAUAGCCCGCCGAUUUGAUUUUACCAAGAUAGGGCUCGGUGAGUUGGCUUUGGACGAGAAGAACCAACCGAUGCUAGACGGAAACGGCAUCUACAAGAUUAAAUCGCUACUCUAUAACACGAGACAGGUAAAUGCUAAACCCGUGGAUGGAAUGAGAAUGAAGGUAAAUUUGGCGCCAGAUCAUGACGAAUAA